CUGUUUCAGUCAAGUCAUUAUACAGCAUGUGAGAGUCUCUUAAAGUUGGAGAUUCAAAUUCACACAAAUGCAAAAAAUAACCAUAGCUCUUACUGUUAGAUUUCUCUCUUUGUCUAGUUAAUAAAGCUCUUGUCAAGUGUGGCCUUCAGGGCAGAAUUCAGAACAGGUCCUAUCUUCCCCCCUGGCGCUUAUCUAAGCAGAACGUCCUUCAGAGGCCAUAUAAAGACCAGAGACAUGCUCUGUUGCUUUGCUGUCACUGCCGAAGACAGACAAUAUGCUGCCUGCUGUUGUAAAGCUCUGCUGUGGAAUCUCCUACCCACAUCUGAGGAGUAUGGCAGGACUUCAACGCACAGCUGUGGCAGUGAUAGGCCAGGAGCUUGCACACCGGCAGACAUGGGGGCAGAUCCAACAUCCUAUAAGAACACAUGUUGGAUUCAAGUAUAAUGAGCCCAAACUUGAAGAUAUAAAGCCUGUGCCAUCAACAGAAGAUCAGCUAUUCUAUGUACAACAAGGCCAGGAAGCAAUGACGAAUGCUCUCAAUAUGUUGGAGGACAAAGAAGGAUGGAAGGUUGAGAUUGCAGAGGGCGACGGGGAUGUGAUCUGUAGCAAAGUGAUGCCGGGGGCCAGGAAGGUCUUCAGGCUGGAGGCGGUCCUGGAGGCCAGCAUGGAUGAGCUCUACGAACUCUUGUUUGUCAGGGUGGAGGACAUGCACCAGUGGAACCCGAGCAUACAGCAUAUCAAAGUUCUGAAGCAUGUUGGACCUGAAACAAUUGUCACUCAUGAGGUUUCAGCCGAGACCGCAGGAAAUCUGAUAGGCCAAAGGGAUUUCCUGAGUGUCAGACACAGUUGCAAACAAAAGUCAGCUGUUUAUCUUGGAGGAGCAGCAAUUCAGCUGGAGUCCUUUCCACCUCAGGCAGGCUUUGUGAGAGCCGAGGAUGGACCAACCUGCAUCGUCAUUCAGUCUCUGGACGAGGACACAAGAAAAAGCCGCUUCACAUGGCUGCUUAAUAUGGAUGUAAAGGGCUGGCUGCCAAAGUCCAUUGUCAAUCAGGCUUUGCCCAGAGCACAGCUGGAUUUCACCAGACACCUCCGCAGACGUCUCACAGCGGGAGCCACCCUGGGCUGACUGAGUCUGUGUGACACCCACAUCGCAGCAGCAACCAGCAGCAUCACUCACUGGGGAAGACUUGGGAGAUGGAGGCACGGUGACAGCCUGGCUGCUCGACUGAACGCUGCCCUUUCAGCAAGAGCAGAAACGCUGCCUGCAGGAGACACUCAGCCCGAAUGCUGGCAGAUACCAGUGUCAGCAGCCCAGAGCCAGGCUGGCAGAAGGAAGCUGGCAUAUAAUAGGAAUAAAUAUCACGGU